AACAAUAAUAAUAAUAAUCUCUUCUUCUAUCUAUACAUUCUCUCUUUCCUUCUCUCAUUUCUCACCUCCCAAAAAAAACAAAAAAUGGAUAAUCCCAAAUCACCACCACCACCGCCACCGUUAACUCUAGACAACCUUGGAGUCAUCAAAGUACUAGGCAAAGGUGCCAUGGGAACCGUCUUCCUAGUCCACGACACGUUCCACGACCCUUGUGCCUUAUCUCCUUUCGCUCUCAAAACAGUCGACAAAUCAAGUUUCCCUUACUCAAAGCCCGAUGCAGAACGUCGUGCACGGUGGGAAACCACCGUGCUUUCCCGUCUACGACACCCUUUCCUUCCUACUCUCCUAGGAUUCUCCGAAACCUCGGACAUUCUUUGCUACGCUGUCCCUUAUUGUCCUGGUGGUGACCUUAAUGCCUUACGUUACACCCAAAGCGACCGUGUUUUUUCCCCGUGUGCUAUCCGUUUUUACUUGGCUGAAAUUGUACUUGCUCUUGAACAUCUUCACACCUUAGGCAUUGCUUAUCGUGAUUUAAAACCGGAAAAUAUUCUUAUUCAACAGUCUGGUCACGUUACCUUAACAGAUUUCGACCUUUCCAGAAGUUUAACUCCAAAAAAGAAUCUCAAUUCCUUGGAAUUCUAUUCAGAUCCGGAAACUGAUUAUCUCCCAGCACAACAAACGGAAUACAAAAUAUUCAGACACAUUGCUAAAUUAGUACGACUUCCAAACAAAAGGUACACAUCCACGACCACGACCACGACCACUGCCAGAAAUGGACUAAGGAAAGUGAAAAGUGCACGUGUAUCGCCUGUGAGUAGAAGAAACCCUAGUUCGUUUUACGAACGUUCAAAUUCAUUUGUAGGUACUGAAGAAUAUGUAGCUCCAGAAAUUUUACGAGGUGAAGGCCAUGAAUUUUCAGUAGAUUGGUGGGCACUUGGUGUUUUGUGUUACGAAAUGUUAUACGGAAGGACGCCAUUUAAAGGGAAAAAUAGGAAGGAAACGUUCAAGAGAAUAUUGAUGAUGGAACCCGAAUUCAUCGGUAAGAAAAGUGCUUUAACGGAUUUUAUCGGGAAAUUGCUCGACAAAGAUCCCACGCGCCGGUUGGGUUACAAGAGAGGCGCGUCGGAGAUAAAAGAGCAUGAAUUUUUUGAUGGGCUGAAAUGGCAUUUACUAACAGAAGUUGUACGGCCGCCUUUUUUGCCGUUAAGAGAUGCGACAGAUUUGACGGAAGAAGUGAAAAAAGGUGGAAUUAACAUAACGGAGUAUUUCGAGAAAUUGAAGGCACCACCGUCACCGUUAUGGUCACCGUCAAAUGAUGAUGAGUGGAGAAGUAACGUUGCACUAACGGAGUUCUAAUGCACGUGUAAAGAAUAUACGGGACCAGUAGUGAUAUUUUACCAUAGUUAAUCUUAGUUGUAGGUUUUUGGUAAAUAAAUGUUAAUUUUUAGUGAUUAUAGGACAUCAUAAUUAGACCUAAAUCAUGUAUAUUAGCUUUUUAUUGUUAGAUUUCAAAACAGGUGUUUAUACGCACUUGCGCUGGCGUGUGGUGAAUUAUUGGAUUAUAUGGGGGUGGUAAUUGAGGAAUAAAGAUGAUUGGAAUGAAGACUAUAAUUUUGAGGGUA